GAAGCUGUGCAUCAUUGGUUCAUUCAUUAGUGAGCUCAAUAAAACAGGAAGUCAGUGAAAGUUGGAGGAAGAACAGCCGAGCUUCCCUUUGAAUAAGUUCUCUAAAUCUAAGAUGUCAACGGAGACCGUCGACAAGGAAGGAAGAGGAACCAAAACCUCUAAAACGUCAAAGGAUCACAAAAAGCCCACAGCAGAGGCCCUGAAAGGAGCCAUCCAGCUGGGAAUCGGCUAUGCUGUUGGAAACCUGAGCUCCAAACCAGACAGAGAUGUUCUGAUGCAGGACUUCUCCAUGGUAGAAACCGUCUUCCUACCCAGUGAUGGCAGCAACCUGACUCCGGCGCAUCAUUUCCCAGAUUUCCGUCUGAAAACGUACGCGCCGCUGGCCUUCCGCUACUUCAGGGAGCUGUUUGGCAUCAAGCCUGACGACUAUCUGUACUCCAUCUGUAAGGAGCCGCUGAUCGAGCUGUCCAACCCCGGCGCCAGCAGCUCCUGGUUCUACCUCACCAGCGACGACGAGUUCAUCAUCAAGACGGUGCAGCACAAAGAGGCGGAGUUUCUGCAGAAGCUGCUUCCUGGUUACUACAUGAAUCUGAACCAGAACCCGCGGACGCUGCUGCCCAAAUUUUACGGCCUUUACUGCAUCCAGUGCGGCGGCGUGACGGUGCGCGUGGUGGUGAUGAACAACGUUCUGCCUCGAGCCAUGAAGAUGCACUUCAAAUACGACCUGAAAGGCUCGUCCUACAAACGCCGCGCUUCACGCAAGGAGCGCGUGAAGAACUCGCCGACGUUCAAAGACCUGGACUUCCAGGAGAUGCACCAGGACGGGCUUUUCUUCGACCCGGACACCUACAGCGCCCUGAUGAAGACGCUGCAGAGGGACUGCAGGGUCCUGGAAAGCUUCAAGAUCAUGGACUACAGUUUGCUGCUGGGCAUCCAUGUGCUGGACAGGAAGCCGCUGAGCCGAGGGAACCGCUGCGACAGCAGGAGAGGACAGAAAGUCCUCUACUCCACCGCCCUGGAGUCCAUCCAGGGGACGGUGAAGGACCCAGAACCGGUCGCAGACGACGACACGUUGGGUGGGAUUCCUGCAAAACACAAAGAUGAAAACCUGCUCAUCUUUUUAGGAAUCAUUGAUAUUCUUCAGUCGUACAGGUUCAUUAAGAAAGUUGAGCACUCCUGGAAGGCUCUCGUGCACGACGGGGACACCGUAUCGGUCCACAGGCCCGGUUUUUACGCAGACAGGUUUCUGAAAUUCAUGGGAACGACUGUUUUCAGAAAGCUUCAUCCUUUAAGAGGGGCGUCUUCGAAGAGGAAGAGGAGUUCCCUCCAUGCAGGGAAAUCGGCGUCUCAGGAGUUUCUGUCCAUACAGAAGGAGAAGGAGGAGAAGAAGGCACAGAGCAUGGACAACCUGGAUGGAAACUUUUACAGUUCCUCCAAACAACCGGAUCUUCUCCCCAAAUCUGCUCUGACUGAAUCCAUCCGAAACGACGACGAGGAAACUGAAAACAGUGAAGAUCGCCGGGACUCCAGCUCCACUUUAGCUCUGGAUGAUCCGCUGCCGUCGCUCAGCAGGAGCCAGUCAGACUCUGAGUUGGAUGUUUACUUGCCUCACACAGACUCGCCCAGGCGACCCAGCUGGAGCUGAUCACGUGUUUGUGUUGCAACAUCCAUAAAAAUUGAGGAAGAACCUAUGAGCAAACUUUUAAGACUACAAGCAGGAGCAUGCUGGUUGCCGCCUCCAUCAUCGUCAUUUUCUGUGUCAUCAUCAAUGAGGCAAAUCACUGUAGAUCCAUUUUCAUUCUAUUAAUAGAAGAUGUUUGUGGUUUGAGAUCCACUGUUCUGACAAAAACAAAACACUAAGCUGCCACUGCUUCUCCCUCUUCCAUUUUGUUGUUCACUGUGCUGGCAGUAAAUAUUUAAUUUCACUUUGUUCUCUUUUGCUUGUUAGUCUUUGUUUUAAUGUAAAUAUGGAACUUUCUCAGCGGCUGGAUCCCUGAGGACGGAGAUUACUUUCCCAGAAAUGAUGUUCAGAGGUGAUUCUGUUACCUGUAGCAUCACAGUGCAGCUUGGACUGCUGUGUACUUACAAAACGUAUUUCAAUGAAGGGUUGUGCUCUCCUAUAUUUACAGUAUCAUGCAAAACAUCUGAUAGCACUAAAUAAUACAGAUUAAACUUUCCUUGAACUUACUGCUUCCUGUACUGGGUGCCUUCCUGAGACUUUUCCCAGAUACCCAUCAGAUCAUGUCCUGAAACCUAUCAGUUAUUGGCUUAAAAUAUUUCUGGAACCUAUUCUGAUCCUGGAAUCAUAAUAGGUUCCCGGUACUUUCCAGGAACCUUCCAUGGACCUUGAUGGGCACAUCCCUGGAAACUACAGGUACUUUUCUUGUAACCUGCCAGUUAUUGGCUUGAGAAUGGACCAGGUACCAACCAGGAAUGUUCUCAGGCUAAUCACUGGUAAGUUUCAGGCAAGUAUCUGGCAUUUUUCAGAAAUGUAGCUGGUAUGUUCUAAGUCUUUUCUGAAACUUGUGAGGGAUUGUCCUGGAACGUUCGUAGAAGAUUUCUCACAACUUAACAGAAACAUUUCUAGAAACUGUCAGGUUCUUUCCUGUAACUUACCAGUUAUUGGGCUGAGACUUUGCUGGAACUUAUCAGGUUCCAACCUAGAACAUCAUCAGAACGUACCAGAUGCUUUCCUGGAACUGUUCCUAGAAUUUACCAGGGACGUUCCUGGAAACUUCCAGGUAGUGUACUGAAACUUUCCAGGUGCUAUCCUGGUAUUUUCAUGGAAUCUACUAGGCACUUCCCAAGAACUUACAACACACUUUCUUGAAAUCCAGUGGUGCUUUCUAGUAACUUAGUUACUGGCGUAAUACUUCUCUGUAGCUUAUCAUGUACUAUCCUGGAAACUAUCAUGCAAUUUUCUGUAACUAUGCUGGAAUAUUCUCAGCACCUUUCCCUGGACCUACCAGACACCUUUGCCUGUAAUUUACCGGUUGCUGACCUUAGACUUUCUGAAACCUUUCCCAGAGCUUACCAGCCACAUUCCUGAAAACUAUCAGGUACUUUCCUGGGAUGCAACAUUUAAUUUCCUGAACCUUAUGAGAGACCAUCCCUGAACAUGGCUCAUGUCUCAGAGUCCAGGUGGAAGUCCAGCGUUAAGUUUCCAGUCAGCGACUGUCUGGGUCGCCAUGUCAACUGCUGGUUUGGUCUACUGGGUUUUCUAAAGACCAGCAGUCUAACAUUAUUUGUGGUCCUUCUAGAGCUUAUGGACAUGCAGAUAUUUUCCAGCAGGACUUGGAACCUGCAAAGCCUGUCAAAGACACCAAAAUCUAUUUCAGUGACAAUAUUACUUUGCUUGAUUGGCCAGCAGAUGGACAAUCAGGACAAUUUAAGACAAUUUAAGAUUGUCUAAGUGCUUGGAAGUUAAACAUAAAAAUUCAGGGAUGAAUAAAUAAUACCAAACAUUAGCUUUCUUAAUUUGAAGAUCUUAGUCUGUUAGCAUGCUAAAGAUUAGCAUAGCUGUUUUGUAGUUACUGUGUGAGCCUAGUAGCAUCUGGACACAGCUGUACAUUUUUGUGACAUGAACUAAUCAGUAAGUCUCCAUAGCAACCCAUAUGCACGA